GCCCCGCCCCUCUCUGUGACUCCUGCUGCAGCCCCGGCGCGUUUUUUCCGGCGAUGGUGGCCCCACGGGAUCAAAUUUCAGCGUCGCAGCUGGGGAGCGGCUCCGCGGCGUCUGAUGGGAGAGCAGGAGCAGGUGCUAUGUGGCUCCUCAUCAGACCAGGCCUUGGACUGUCGGCGCAUCUGGUGCAGGACUGCAGAGGCCGAGAACCUGGCUGCCGCCGAGGACCCAGUGCCAUGUGGAGACUGCAGGCCUGGGUGGGGCUCGGGGGUCCGGCCACAUGGGGUCCCCUCCUUCCCCGGCGCAGACUCGCCGAAGGGACGCUGUAAUGAACCAGAGCUUCUGAAGAGACCUCACCUCGUUGCCAAGAAACCUUUGGAAACCAACUGUUUCAAGUCCAAAGCCAAAUCCACCACGAUGAUCCCCGACUCCCAGAAGGUCCUACGAUUCGAACUGGAGUCCCUCAAGAAUCAGCUCCAGGCCCAGAACAAGGCUUUUGAGUUCCUGAACCACUCGGUGACCAUGUUGGAGAAGGAGAGCUGCCUGCAGCAAAUCAAGAUCCAGCAGCUGGAAGAGAUGCUGAGCCCCCUGAGCUGCAAGGCCCAGAAGGAGCUGCACAAGUGGGGCAUGGAGCAGGGCCGGCAGGAGCUGUAUGGGCUCCUGGCCCAAGGACUCCAGGGGCUUCAGAAGACCCUGCGGGACAGCGAGGAGGUGCAGCAGGCCCGCACGGCCCGCUGCCUGCAGCUGCUGGCUCAGGAGAUCCGGGACAGCAAGAAGUUUCUGUGGGAGGAGCUGGAGCUGGUCCGGGAGGAGGUGACCUUCAUCUACCAGAAGCUCAAAGUGCAGGAGGAGGAGAUCACGGAGAACCUUAUGAACAUCCAGAAGAUGCGGAAGACGCAGAUGAAGUGCCGCAAGGUCCUGACCAAGAUAAAGCAGCAGGGGUACGAAAUGUCUGCCUGGCCGGAGACUGAAGAGAUGCCACCGGGAGGGGGUGGCUCCUGGAGAAAUGACCUCCAGAAGGAGCUGAGUGACAUUUGGUCUGCCGUGCACACGCUGCAGAACUCUGUGGACACCCUGGCCAUGGCCCCGGAGGGCAGCCCCAGGGCCGCGAGCCUCGGGGGUGAUGGUACCCGGGCAUCACUCAGGGGCCACAAGGGACAUCGGUGCGUGAGCCCCGCACCCCCCUCCUGGGACUCGGACUCGGACUCCGACACUUCCCAGCCAACUUGCAGCAACAGCCGCUCCUUCCCACCAGCCUGAGCAGCCGGGACUGCUCUCCCUGAAGACCCCUCCAGAGAGAAAAUAAACUAGUCGGGCCCCUCCUCCACCCCUC